AUGAGCGAAAUCAGGGUUCGACGGCUCGAGAAUCCGUCCGAGGCUGACAUUGACGCCAUUGCUAAUGUCCUUGCCACGGUAUUCGCUACCGAUAGUUUCGCGAUCGCAGUAUGUGGAGGUGAUACCACGAAGAUAUACGAGUUGGAGCGUGCAACUGUCGCGGCCGCGGCCCUCGCUGGCGAACUCUGGGUUGCCGCUUACGGCGAAGAAGACUUUGCGUCCGUCGCGACUUGGUUCCCUCCUGGGCGCACCCUGCUAGAUAGCCAAGACCAGCGCGAAGCCGGAUACGACCAAUUGUUCGCGUCAUUCGGACCCGAGCUCGUCAAGUGGUGGAUUGAUGAUUUCUUGCCGCACUACGGUGUAGUCAGCGUAACUGCGCUCGGAGAAGGAACCAAGGCAGCGAACUGGAAUCUGCAACAGAUCGGGACGAUGCCACACUUGCAGCGCCGUGGUCUCGCGACUGCACUUGUCAGUGCUGUAGCAAAGAAGGCCGAGAUGGACAAGAAGAUUGUCACGCUUGAAUCCGAGGUAGAGGAGAAUCUCGCGUUCUACAGAUCCCUCGGCUGGCAGGUGGUAUACGGCCCCGAGUCCUUUGAUGCCAUUGAAGGUCGUACAUUCCCGAUGUGGGUUGUAUCAUCGUAA